GUGCGGUGCGACUGCUGUAGCUGCGACAAGAUGAGGUGCAGCAGGCGAAGCACUGCACUCGCCGAAGGCAAUAAGUACCUUCUCCUCACCGGCAUCCUCUCCUUCUUUACCCACGACUGCUGCUGCGUGUGGCUGUCUGUCGGGAAGUCCGUUCUCUUGUGUGCCCUCGUCAUCAUCCGCGCAGGCCUGUUCGGCAGUUGGGAUGAAUCGCGAUCAGUAUCUCGCGCGACAGCGGCGAAGACCCGAGUCCUCCGGAACCGCCGUGCCUGCUGCUGCCCCUAUCACUAUCGAUAGCGACGAGCAAGAGAAGUUGAUAGCGGAAAUCACUCGAGAGGUCGAGCACCAGACGACCUUUUUCACGCGAGUUUUCUCUGGAUGGCUGCUAGCGUGCGGUGUUGUGCUCGUACUCUGCUCGCUGAAGCUGCUGCUAGCUGGAAGAAACGGGGAGCCUUGGCCUCACCGGGCUGUUCUUGAGAACGUCCCGGAUGCGGCGUUCCAUGUCACGUACCUCGGGCAGCUGCUGGGCUUGUACCUGGCGCACAGGGUGGCUAGAGGGAGCGGUUGGCAUAUUUUACCGGGAGUCAUGUUGUCAUGGACGAGCCUCUUCUCGUGGCUUGCGGUGUUCCGACACUUCGGAGUGACCAACCCGCUAUUCUAUUGGCUGCCGCUCGGUCCUGCGGUUGCGCUUGCGGCCGCCGUCUACCUCUUCACCUCUCAGAAAAGGUUGGAAAGAGAGGUAAAGGAACUGGAAGGGUCGCGGUACAACCUCAAAGGAGCUUGAAACUGUGACCGUUCUUCUGCUGCUACUGCCACACGGCGGGGGUUGAAACAUGUUUUGGAGGGGUCCCUGCCGCGUCUGGGAAGGGCGGAGGGAGGGCAGCAGUAGCAGAGUGCGAAACUGUAGUCAGAACUUUGCAAUGUUCGGCGUGUUUGUCCUCGGGACGAGUUUUUUUUGGCAAGAAUGUACAUAUCCAUCAUAUGAAGCGAUGAGCCUGGAU